CUUCUUUGAUCGGAAACAUUGGCACUGACCAAAUUACACUUUUGGUGAGAUAAUAUGGAUAUGUCGAACUGGGAGCAGAAGAAUUUGCUAAGUGAGCUGGUUCAUGGGCUGAAGGCGGCAAAGCAGCUCCAAGCUGAGCUCGGAACAGCUCCUUCUCCGCCACCACCAUCGUUGUCUUCUUCUUCCUUAUGUAUGACGACGGAGAUGAGAGAAACCCUCCUACAUCAGAUCGUUUCUUCCUAUGAGAAAGCUAUUUUGAUGCUCAACGGUUCCAGCGUAGUACACAGUCAGAUGGCGGAGAUGGUAAAUCUUGCGGCGAAUCCUGUAGCUAACACCGGUAAAGUUCCAGAAUCUCCGACUUCGAUCAACGGAAGUCCGAGAAGUGAAGAGUUUAUUGAUGGCGGAGGAUCGAAAGAUUACAACUUGAGCUCUAAAAAGAGGAAGAUGUUGCCAAAGUGGACAGAGCAAGUGAGAAUUAGCCCAGAGAGAGGCUUAGAAGGACCUCAUGAUGAUGUCUUCAGCUGGAGAAAAUAUGGCCAGAAAGACAUUUUAGGCGCCAAGUAUCCAAGGAGUUAUUACAGAUGUACAUUUCGUAACACACAGAAUUGUUGGGCCACGAAACAGGUCCAGAGAUCGGACGAUGAUCCUACGAUCUUCGAUUUGACAUACAAAGGAAAACACACUUGCUCACAGGGAAUCCCACCUCGGGAUAAGCCAGACACUACACCAAACACAACACUCAUAAAUUACCAAAAUGACCUUCUCGCCAAUCUCAGGACCAAUCUUUCUGUCCGUACCAACGGGAUCGAGAGCGACGGUUUCUCAUUCCCAGUUACGCCACCGUUUUACUCGUACGAGUCCGAUUUCGGCAACGGUGGUGGAACGUUCUGCGACAUGGGAAAUUAUUCUCGUCCGUCGGAUUUUACGGGAUUGGUCUCCACUAAUACCUCUACAGGAAGUUCUCCAAUUUUCGAUGUGGAUUUUCAGUUUGAUCCAACGGCCGAGAUUAACACUGGUCUCCACACAUUUCUCCAUGAUUCGGUUUAACUUCAAUUAGGGAUUAAAAUAUUCUUUGAGAUUAUUAAUAUAGUACAAAAUAAGGAUUACUGUUUGACAAAAAUAAAACAUUUUGGAUUUUUAACGUAAAA